AUGGACUGCCCUAAACAUGGACAAAUUCCAUACUUUAUGAGACCUGGAUUCGUAGGGGAUGCAUCGGCCUUGGAGAUUGUCGAAUUCUGGUACAAGUCGAUCUCAAGAGUAAAACCCGACAUAUGGGAAUUACGAACCACAGACGAACUCGACUACGUUAUCCGUGGCGACGCCUUCUCUGUCGGUUUGGAUACUACAACUGUUGUGCGCAAGUUGACACUCCGGCUUACUACCGACGGAUUCCUAAGGAACAAGGGCAAGGACACCAGCGAAUCGAAACGAACUGUCGACGCGCUGCUCCAGAUAAAGAAUAAGGCGAAUUUCAAACUAAGACUGCGGUUGGAGCAGUCAUACCUCCAACUGAAUCCCUGGUUCACCGUCUUCGAAAUCUUCCGACCCAUGAUUGAGAAAUUCGAGGAAGAAGGCGCGGACGUAAGGCUGCUUCUUGUCUACGCCCAAGAUCUUAUACCGAAAUUGGUGUUCAACAUGCUCCCCGCGUUGAAGAAUCCCGAAUCCAACUGGAGAGAGGAAGCCGCUCGUCACUUCGACAGUGAUUCCCGCGUACGCGAGCACCACAAACACUACCGCAUCGAAAACGACGCAGACUACGACCCGCGGGAACUUAAGAGCAGGGACUACAGCGAGGAUGACUGGGAGUCAGACGAUUACCUAGGCUAUGAAGAAACUGACUCUGACCGCGAUGAAUAUGGCAAAUCGGUUUCUCCGGAACCUCCAUGGACUCCUUAUGAGCCGCCACGGUAUUAUGGAACUAUGUUUAGAGAGGAUCAGAUUGAAGAGGGGUAUGAGCUGGAUAGCGCGAGUGAGGGGGAUGACUAG